AUGCUCUACCCCAAUCCGAAGCCCAGUAGGGCACCUCUGUCGGUGAUUUUCAGCGCACCCAUGUUUUACAAAAUCAUUACAAUUUCUUUGGCAUUGUCUCUAUCUUUCUAUGCAUUAUCAUGGUGGUCGAGGCUGGAAAUAAGGUCAACACACUGGCAACAGGACAACGUCAACACAACAGAACCCGCGGCUCUUGUUGACCAGGACCGUCGUUUUGCCUUCAUCAUCCCUUCCACAAACCCAAGUCCGAACCUAUGCAGGACUAUUUUCAGCUCGCUUGCCUUAGGCUACCCAAGCCCAGUAGUCAUCAAUUGGGGAGUCAACUAUCGGGACAUCUCUCAUUGGAGGCUUGGCAAGAAUCUUCCCAAGAUCAUCGGCUUUGUCAAUUACCUUGAUUCAGUUAUGCACCCUAAUGCCACCGCAGAAGAGAAGCUAGAAGAAGACGACAUCGUUCUCAUGGUUGACGCCUACGACGUCUGGUUCCAGCUCCCUGCUCAGGUCCUUCUCAGUCGAUACCAUGAAAUCAACAAAAGAGCCAAUGAAAGACUGCGCAAACAAUGGAAGCGUAAGGAUGUACCCAUGCCGAUGAAGCAGACAAUUGUCGCGGCGUCGCAAAAAAGAUGCUACCCUGCUGAUCCUGAACGAUUUGGCGUGGAUUUAAGAUGUGACCUUUGGCCUGAAACUCCUUUGAGAGAGGACCUUUAUGGACCGGAAACGGAAAAGAACACUACCUUCUGGCGCAACAACAGACCUAGAUGGAUCAACGGCGGCAUGUACAUCGGCCCAGCAGGCGACAUGAGAAGAAUGUUUCGCCGCGCCAAGCAAAAGAUUGAAGCAAUGGUCGGCGAGGCUUUCCCUGUGAGGAGCGAGCAGGGUAUGAUUGGCGACCUACUCGGUGCGCAGGAAGCCUGGCGCGAGUUACAAAGACACAACCACGUCAGCGUUGAUGCGGAGGACUUCGUGGGAGAUAACUUCGAAUUCCAUGUUGGACUUGAUUACGCUCAGGAGAUAUCGGCACAGACAUUCGCAACUGAAAUCAGCCCAGAAAAUAACCUUUUUGACGGUGACUUCGUCGUGCUGGGCGACCAAGAGUCUAUCGAAAUGAACUCCGAGGUACGCGGUAUAUCACCAGUCCGGGUGGAGGGUAUCCCAGAUGAUCUCAAGUCGGUCCAAAGCCCGCUGGUCGAAGACGGCAAGACGGUUGACUGGAGCGACAUGCCUCUGUACACCGACUUCUUCCUCUCAACAGUGCCAGCUAUGCUGCAUCACAACAAAUUCAAGGAACGACGUGCGACAUGGUGGGAUAGGCCGUGGUACCACCAGAAGCUGCGCGGCCUUGUCAAAUCCGCUUUGCUGCCUAGAGAAACCGAUGAGCCCUUGGCUACUGUUCAGCUUGAGGGUAGCAGGGUCAGAUACUGGGCUGCUUUAGCAGAGAAGAGGGACAGAUAUCCUCGCAUGGGUAAGCUCAAUUCCAACUUGACAGCCUAUGAUAGGUUUCCGAGCAUGGAGCCGAAUGAGACGUGUCGGUAUGGAAGCCGGAAGCCGCGUGGAUCUAAAGCGACGUGGGAGGAGGAGGUUUUCCGUGAUGGUGGUGGAGAGUUCAACGGGUCUUGA